AUGAGUUCUGGAUUUAUUUCAGAAAGUGAAUUAGCCGAAAAGCGUAGGAUAAGACAGGAAGAAUGGGAAAAAGUACGAAAACCUCAUCAACCUUUGGAGAUGCCAGAGGAACCAGUUGACCACAGGUCUUUGUACGAGCGCUUAGAAGAACAAAAGCAAAAAAAGCAAUUAGAAUUUGAAGAAGCUCAUAGACUGAAAAAUAUGGUUAAGGGUUUAGAUGAUGAUGAAAUUGAGUUUCUUGAUUUAGUUGAUGAAAAGAAAAUGAAAGCAGAACAACUUAAGAAUUUAGAAGAAAAACAAGAACUUUUAGAUUUUAAACUUAAAGUUGAAAAACUUAAGGAAGCUACUCUUAAUCAGAGAAUGCAAGCAGAGAUUCGUACAUGCAAGAGCAACAAUUCAAACAGCUCAGGAAUUAAAUCUCAAGGUGAAUUAUUGAAAGGUGUAAUUAAAAGAAAAUCAAUCCCUAAUGAAAAUCAAAAAAUAAAUGAAUAUUCAGAAACAGAUAAUAAUGAAAUAAAGAAAAAAAGAAAAAUAAAUGAUUCUGAUGUUGAGGAAAGAAGUCAAAAGAUUCCAAUUCUCAGGACUGGGCUUACUUGUGUUGGUAUUUUGCCAAGCCUUUGCAACUAUGUCGAAAGUUCUGAUGAUUCCGAUCAUAGUUCAAGUGGCUCUGAAGUCAAUGAUGAUAAAAAAUAUGAUUUGACAGGAAGAAGGAUUGUAUGUAAAUCAAAGGAGUCAGAAUAA